AGUCAGUGGCUGAUAAUGUGUGUGUGUGUGAAUGCUAUGGACUCAAAUGCAACUAAGUCCUGCCCUUCCACAGCGCCGAUACUGGAGUCAUGAUCUGCAGUUUGUUUCGGGGACGCGUCCUCUGUUUUGAACCCUAAACUCAAACGUGAAAACCUCGUAUUGUUUAUCACCGCUGCCGACCCGACCACCCUGAAAUUGCACCAGCCCCGGCACGGUUGUUAAACCCGGGAGAGGACCUUGCGCAGUGCUAAAAAAGGAGCAAGCGGUUGCAGCCUCUUCGGGGAAUGUCGGUUUGGCCGUCACUCCAUGACACCACAUCGGCCUCCUCAGAUACCAACGGAAAAAUGGGGUUAUUCUGUGGAGAGUGAAGAGUCAAGGAGACAGGGCAGCAGCAGCAGUGGACUGGACCCAGCCAUGGUCAUACAUGUUGGUAUCAGCUGAGACAUGGACUGAGCUGUGUGACUUCCCCUAACGGACGCACAGUCAGACGGACGGACGGACGGACGGACGCCGCGUCGUCUGUACCCCUACCCCAGACACCCACCUCACUUGCCAGCCGUUCAAAUGCACCCCGACAAUAAGCUGACCAAUCAUGGCAAGCAAGUGAGCAGCGACAGCCAAUCCCAGCUCUCCAAUGUGACCCAGCAGCAGGAGGGGGCCAAUAAGGGCCUGGGGGCGGGCAGCCAAUCGGUGAUGAAGACGAAGAGGGAGAGAAGUGUGUCCGUGGACUCUGGGGAACAGAGAGACGCGCUGGAGCCUGACGCCAAAGUAGAAGGUGUGAUGAGAAGUAAACGGCGGUGUGUAUUGGAGAAGAAACAGCCCUAUAGUGGAGAUGAGUGGUGCUCUGGCCCCGACACUGAGGAGGAGGAGGACAAGCCACAGCCUGCUACACACUGGCCUCUCCAGGGUCUCUCUGGUCCCUCCUCCAAAGCAGGGCCAGGCCCCCCCCCCCCUGACCCCUCUCUUACCCCUGGGAUGGGGCGUGGUCUGGGGCCAGGAGGUCAAAGGUCAGAGAUGCCUCGCCCCGCUCAGCAGGUGGUCUAUGUCUUCACUACCAGCCUGGCCAACAGUGCUGCUGAAUCAGUGAUGCACGGCCACUCAGACUCUAUUCUCCUGUUCCACCAGCAGAAUGUCCCACGCACCAAACAACUGGAGCAGUGCGCCCCAUCAGGGAAACAUCCCAGUCUGUCAGGGCAGCUGAGCUCCAGCAGCACCCCUCCCAUGGGCACCCCCAAGUCCCAGAGCGGCACCCCCAGACCGGCCUCUGUGGUAGGGUGCCACCUCCAGGCUGCGGGAAGCAGGACCCCCUCUUCAACGGGACACCCCGACUCUGAGCCCCCCCAGACCAGACUGGGGGGUCCUGGAGUCUCCAAUAACAGUAGCAGUACCCCCUCCCACCAGCCAGGGAGCGCUGUUGCGCCUACACCCUGUGGACCAGGCCCAGGCCCCGGGGGUGGAGGUCGUGGGGGGGAGGGGAAAGGGGUGCUGCCUCACCCCAGUGCGGGGGUGUCUCCGUCAGGUAGCCCCUCGGUGCUCUCAGCCCACCUGCAGGUCGAUGUGGGGGUGCGGGGCGGGGGUGGUCCGGGGGGUAACGGGGGAGACGGGGGUCUGUCUAAAGAACAGCUGGAGCACAGAGAGAGGUCUCUACAGACCCUCAGGGACAUCGAGAGGCUUCUGCUCCGCUCCGGGACAGCAGGGGGCGCCGUAGAGCCACCAGGCCCCAACAACAACCCCAACAAUGUAAACAACAUCAACACUGAGGGUAGUGGCGGCGGUCCGAUGGAGGACGGGGAGAAUAGCGGUAACGGUAAUAAUACUGGUGGGAACAGCUUGUUGCUUCCCCCUAUGGGCCAGAUGAAGAGGUACGAGGAGCCUCUCAGGUCCAUCAUCUCCCAGACGCAGCAGCUGGGGGGGCCAGGGGGGAUGGACGACUCUCCCAUGGGGGGUCCCCACCCCCACAGCCUGCCCCCCCACCACUCCCCUGGGGGCCUGGACAUGGGGCCCCUCUUGGGUCCUGACGGUCUGACCCCGGAGCAGGUCGCCUGGAGACAGCUGCAGGAGGAAUAUUACCAGGAGAAGAGAAGGCAACAGGAGAUUCAGCCCAACCCUCACACACACCCACAGCACUUCAGAAUGAUGCAGGAGAUGAGCAUGGGGCAGGGGGGGCCCCCGAUUAUGAUGAGGGGUCCCCCUCCGCCGUACCACAGCAAGCCUGGGGAGCAGCAGUGGGGGCCAGCUGGGAUGGGACCGGGAGGGAUGGGGCCGGGUAACCCUCGGAUGAUAGACAUGCACCACGAGGGGCCCCGGGGUCCACGGUUCCUGGGCCAGAUGCAGAGGGGUCCCCCUGGAGGAGGGGGGUUCCCAGGCAGUCCUGGAGGGGUGUUAUCCAUUGAGGGUCUCAGCCCCCAACGGGCCCCCAGGCCAGGCAUGUGGAUAGAAGACCUGCCCCCCAACAUGAUGGGUGGUGGCAGGGGGCCGUUCUACCAUGGGGGGCCAGGUGGGGGACCCCCCCAACACAUGCAGGGUGACCCUGAGCGCCUGCUGACCCGGGAAGAUAUGUUCCGCAUCAUGGAGAAGAGGCAGCUGCAGGGGCUCCACCACCUGGAGCUGGAGAGGAUAGCCCAACAACAACAACAGGGUAUGGGGGGCCCCAGGAUGAUGGAGGGGCCAGGGGGGUUCCCCAACCAGGGGAUGGGCCGAGGGCCGGGAUCGAGGGAGGACCCCAUGGACUUCCUAGGGUCCAGGGAGAUUAUGGGGUCCCCGGGCGGGGGUGUAGGAGGAGGGGGUCCCCAGAUGAGAGAUCUAGUAGACUCCUCUCUCGGCCCCGGGGGGAUGAACAUGAACAUGAAUGUUAACAUGAUGAACCAGCAGAUGAACCAACAGCAGCAGAUGAUGCUGCAGAAGCUGAGAGGAGGAGGAAGAGGAGGAAGAGGAGGAGGAGGGCCACUAGGGGACUUGCUUAGCCAGGAGGACAUCGCUCGGAUCCGAGCCGCCCAGAAUGGUGGUGGACGUGGAGGGAAUAAAGUGAUGAUCCAGGGACCUGACGGCCCGCUCCAGUUCCCCAAUCAGGGGCCCUUCCCUGGGGGACCGGGAGGAGGCGAGGGGGGUUACCUCCAGGGGCCCGGGGUUGACAUGUUCGGAUUGCCUGACCAGCAUGGUGGGGGGCCUCACAUGGGGGGUACGUCUCGCCUCAGCCACAUGCCCAUGGGGGGCGGUGGUGGUGGGGGGGGACCCCGGUGCGCGGACCUAGGCCCUCACCACCCUUCGGACCUGUCCAUCAACGUGAACCCCAGCAUGGUCUCCCCGGCGAUGCACCCUCCCCCUCACCAGCUCAAGUCUCCGUCCCUCAUCCAGGAGCCGUCGCCCCUCAUGAGCUCACCCUCCACCGCAGGCCUUAAGUCCCCCUCUCAGAUAUCCUCCGCUGGGGGUUCUCAGAGCCAGCAACACCCCCUACCUCCUGCCUCUGGGGCCGGGACCCCCUCCUCUUCCUCCAUGAAGUCUCCCCAGGUGAUGGGCCCCUCCCUGGGGCUGCGCUCCCCCUCGGGCUCCCCUGGACGUCUGAAGUCUCCAGCCAUGGUGGCGUCUCCAGGGUGGACGUCCUCUCCUAAGACAGCUCUACCCAGCCCUGGGGGACCUAGCAGUGGAAAGGGGCUGGGGAACGGAGGCAGCAGCUCCACAGAGACAGGACCCCCCAGGAGUUCUAACUCCACACCUAUCAGCCAGCCGGGUUCCAUGGCUCCCAGCAUGCCGUUCACCUCGUCGCCAGACAACCCUCCGACUCAGAACCCCCUCUCCCUCAUUAUGUCACAGAUGUCCAAGUAUGCCAUGCCUAGCUCCACCCCCCUCUACCACGACGCUAUCAAGACCAUCGCCACCUCCGAUGAUGAGAUGAUGCCAGAUCGCCCUCUGCUGUCCGGAGUCAACAUCGGAGGUAACCCAGGGAACCACCAGGGCUCUAUGCUGCUGUCCCAGAGUUCCAUUGGGCCCCACAGCGGCCAGCUGUCCCCCAACCCCAUGGGCCUGAACGGUAUGAACCCUGCCAUGAUGGGGUACAGCUUGUCCCCCAUGCACCCCCAAAACCAGAUAGGAGGGUUCCCUCGCAUGCAGCACCCCGGAGGCCCCAUGCACUCCCCUCUGGGCGGUAUGCCCCCCCAGUUCUCCCAACAGAACCCAGAAGAUGUCAUCCCCCCCCAGCAGCUGCAGCACAUGCUCAGUAAGGGCCUGUCCCACCCCCACCAGCGCGGCCCCCACCCCUCGGACUCCUUUAUGGGCCCCGACGGCCCCGACCUGAGUGACGUCAUCCGACCGACCCACUCUGGCAUCCCGGAGUUCGACCUGUCUCGUAUCAUCCCCUCCGACAAGCCCUCCUCCACCCUGCAGUACUUCCCCAAGGCAGAGGGCAUGUCCGGGGGCCAGCAGGGCCAGGGGAACCACCCUAACCCCCACCAGGGCCAGCCUGGCUCCCAGGGACCUGGCCAAGGCCCCCCUCCUCCACAGCUCCUGAAACAGCUCUCUGCCCCCGGCCCUCACAGCAAUGCCCCCUCCUCCAACCCUCACAUCGCCAACCUGCAGAACAUGAUGGCAGAGCACCAGCUGCCCCCCCACCCCUCCCACUGCGGGAUGGGUAGGCAUGGUAUUGGGGGGAUGCCCCAGGGAGGGUCCAGGGGAAUGGGGGGUCCGGGUGGAGGGGGCAUGGGUGGCCACAUGAUGCACCCUGGACACCUGAUGGGCAGGACAGGUAUGGGUAUGGGGCCAGGCCACACCCAGCAACAGCUCCAACAGCAGGCCAUGAUGGCUAACAGCCUCCUCCACGGUGGCCACCCCGGUCCCCAGCCCCACCCCUCCAUGAUGUCCUCCCAACAGCACAGCCUAAUGGCCCAGCAGAACCUCAUGCUGAUGCAGGCUAAGCAGAGAGGUAUGGGCCUUCCCGGGGACCCCUUCGGCCAGCAAGGGGGACCCCUCAUGUCCCCUCAGGGCCCCAUGAUGGGUCCUGGCCCCCCACACCCCCAGGGUGGGAUGAUGGGCCCCGGCAUUGGCCCUGGCCCCCAGGGGCCACUCAGACAGAGAGGGAUGUCCCUGGACAGUCCCCUAGGCUACGGCCCUGGGCCAGGGAGUAUGGCUAACAUGCCCUUCUGAUCGUCCUGCUGCAUGGCUGCAGCCCAAAGAGCACUCUAUUUACUACACAGUGCUGACUGUAAAAACCUUCUUUCCAAUAGGGCGUGUUUCCAUUGUCUCAUAUGUUUUCAUGAAUGUUAAUAUUGUUAUUAUUAUUGCUUCAAAUUGUUAAACAAAUAAAUGAUAUCAGUUGAUAAUCUUCAUAUUGUUUGGAGUACAAACUGAUAAAAAAAAUAAUAAUAAUAUUGAAGAGCUGUCGUGAUAACGGUUUAAUAAAGACAUUUGAAGCCAUUUUCUAAAAUAUCUGUAAAAUAGGUAGCCUAUAUUUCACAGAUGACUGUAUUUGUUUUGGACGAGGUUUACGGUUGUGAGGAAAAGCCUCUGGAUUUAUAUAUGUUUUAAUAUCAUUGAUUAUUUUUCUCCUCCGGCUACCAAACUGGAAUAUAUAAAAAAUAAUAUAUAUAUAUAUAUAUACAUACAGUACCAGUCAAAAGU